UACAGCCCGGGGCCAUAUGCAAAUGAGAAGGAGCGAAGCCAGGUUGUUGGCGUGCAUUCGGCCGAGGCCGCCGCGCUGAGACGAAGACUAGGGUAAUCUCACAGAUUUUAGACAAAAGUAGAUGGUCUGAACGAAUAACGAGUUUGUCAAUGGCCGAUCAGAUGAUGAGGGACAUUGUAAUAGAGACGGCCAAGCUUGAAUUGGGCUAUAUACCGAAGGAUCGCAUGUCAGAACACUUCAGAACACACCGGAAGCCUGAUACUUCUGGGUACCCAGCGCGAGGCCAUCAGCAUCGCAAAAACCCAUGACCGCGGGUACGCGGAAGAGAUAGAAACGGAGAGGGCCAUCCUGCCAUGACUGUCUUGUGACGGUCACAUUAGACUUCGCACAGCUUUGCAUGUCCCCGCGCCACCAUCGCCCGGAUGAAUUCAGAG